AUGGAUGACAAUAUUUUUUCUGAGCAUUCUAUUAUUGAAUCACAGGAAUAUGAAUCAUCGUUAGGUCAUGGUAUUCGUACUGAUUGUUUAACAGGAUCACUGCAAGAAUUGUCCGAAUUUGAAGAAUCUGAUGAAAUAUCUACUCAUACUAACCGUGAUGUAUUUUCAUUCUGUGAUGACACGCCUCCUCCUGUUCAAGCGUUUUAUAUACGCGAAGAAGAUUUGUAUGAACAAUCAAGUGAGAUAAGUAAAGAACUUUCUCUUAUAUCAUCCGAUUUACAAACAAGUGGAUGUUCCACCGAUUCAGAGCCAUUUGGAAAUUUACAUUUUAUUGAGCCUUUAAUGAGCAGUACGCCUAAGAAACAUAUUAAAGUUGCUCUGUCAUCAAGAUCUCGACUUCAAGAAAAAAAGAUCUCCAAAAGCACUAUUAAAAAGGCCUCUCUAGAUCAGUGUUCUUGUCCAAAGAAAUGUACUAGGCAAAGCUUUUUCACAAAAGAAUUAAUUGAAAAUUGCCAUUCGACAUUAUGGAGAUUGAAUACCACAGAUAGGCCAAAAUGGUUUCAAAGAAAGUUUGAUGACUUUCAAUGUGUAAAAAAGGGAACCUUUAAAUUCAUUCUUAAAGGCCACAGGGUUUGCUUGAAGAGUUGGUUGAUUGCUUAUGGGAUUAAGCAAUCAAUCUAUUACAAGGAACGAAGAACAUGGUUGAGGAAAGAAGUGCCACCCUCUAACGAAAGAAGGCUAACAUCAGAAAAAAGACUUCAUGUUAUCAAUUGGUUUGGAGAAUAUAUAGCGAUGAGAGGAGAAAAUCCACCUCACAUCCAAGAAAUUUGGCUGCCCUUUGGUUUAAGAAAAAAUGAAAUUUAUGCUGGGUAUAAAGUGGAUACAGAGGAAGAGAACAGAGCUUGUGUAUCUCUUCAGACUUUCCUCAACAUAUGGAAUGAACACUUUCCACAUGUGAAAAUUAAACAGAGCAACUUGUUUACUCGAUGCACUACAUGUGACAAGCUUGACAGAGAACUGCACAAGCAAUUGAACCCAGAGAAAAAAAAGGAAAUUUUUAUAAAGAAGCAAGAACAUCUUCACAGACAAAUGAAAGAGAAAAGUGCAUAUUACAGACGAAAAACAGUAAGCAGAAGAAGACCAGAUAGGUACAUAAGCCUCAUAAUUGAUGGAAUGGAUCAGUCCAAAACAAACAUUCCCCAUUUUAAGGGAAGACCAAGCAAGGAAUUUGCAGCAACAAGGCAACUGAAUGUGCAUGUUACUGGAGUUUUGAGCCAUGGCCUGAAUAGAAAAUAUCUGUUUACAGACCUGCACCAGUACAAACAUGAUUCCAAUCUUACAUUGAAUGUUUUGAUGAAAGUGCUAUGGAACCACUCAAAGGGAAAAUCACUGCCUCCUGUCCUUUACCUACAGGCAGACAACUGCUUCAGAGAAAAUAAGAACAAGUUUGUCCUGUCUUUCUUGGAGCUUUUAGUCAGGCGUCGGAUUUUUUAUGAGGUCCAACUUUCCUUUCUUCAUGUGGGGCACACACAUGAGGAUAUAGAUCAAAUGUUCAGUGUCAUUGCUGAUAAUCUCAGACACAGAGAUGCAGCAACACUCCCUGAGAUGAGUGACAUACUCUACAAUGCAGAAGAACUAAGAGGAUGUCUUGAUAUAUCUGGAUGGUUAUCUCCUUGCUUAAAAGGUGUAAAAUACCACACAAGGACAAACACCUUUAGGUAUAGACUCAAUGAGUUGACAGGGGAUGUGCACAUCUGCUACAGAAAAAAUGUGGACCAUUCCUGGAAGUCUUUGCAGGGAAGUUUCUUCAAGCAAAGGGAAAAUGGAACCCUAACGCUGCCAACAAAUGUACCAAAUAUAUUGACAGCAUCAUUGGAGAAGGUUGAUGUAGCAAAUAUCAAGAAGAGUUUGACAAUUUGGACAAAGAUGAUGACAACAGCAGAAAGUACAUGGUGGGAAAAAUUUGUAACAUUCUUGCAGGAAACCAAAACCAAUGCCAGUAGGUAUUCAAGAAAAGGGGCAAUAUGGUAUCUUCCAAAGAUACCAGAAUACAACCCACACUCCAUUCAGGACUCUGACAACAGCAGGGAACAUCCAGCAGUGCCUGAAGAUUUGCAGAGAAUGCUUACAAAUGAAGAUGAAAAUCCAGAGGUUCUCUUGUGUGAGUAAAUGGAAAGAAAUGUAUGGACACCUUCAACAUUGCGAAUAGGAUACUUGUGUAAAAUCCUCUGCAUUGCAUAGCAUACUUAUCUGGUUCACCUUCCAACCAAGAGUGAAACAUGUUACAUGAAUGCUGUGAAAGAAGGAACACUAAAGUACAUGUGUAAAUGUAAAAAAACCUUCAGCAUAACAUUGUUUAUGCAUCUGCAACACCUGUCAAUUAAAUUUAAAUAAUUGGACAAAUCAAAGCUAGAAAUAUACAAACAGUUUAUGCUUCAUUUAUGUAAAUUACACUAAGUGGAAUAUGGAGAUAAAGAUAUCCUUUGAUUCAUGUAUUAAGUAAAAAACUGUAAAGUAGGGGAACAUUCCUUACAGCUCAUUGUGUUAAAGAUUCAGGUAUAUAUUGAGUUCAUUUGAAAUUGAGAGAAGAAUGUUCCUCGCAUGGCUCCUUGUUAAUGAUUCAUGUAUAUACCUAGUUUGUUUGAAAUUGGGAGAGGAACGUUCCUCGCAGGGCUCCUUGUUAAAGAUUCAUGUAUAUAUUGAGUUCAUUUGAAACUGGGAGAGGAACGUUCCUCGCAGGGCUCCCUGUUAAAGAUUCAUGUAUAUAUUGAGUUCAUUUGAAACUGGGAGAGGAACGUUCCUCGCAGGGCUCCAUGUUAAAGAUUCAUGUAUAUAUUGGGUUCAUUUGAAAUUGGGAGAGGAACGUUCCUCGCAGGGCUCCUUGUUAAAGAUUCAUGUAGAUUGAGUUUAUUUGAAAUUGGGAGAGGAACGUUCCUCGCAGGGCUCCUUGUUAAAGAUUCAUGUAUAUAUAUAUUGAGUUCGUUUGAAAUUGGGAGAGGAACGUUCCUCGCAGGGCUCCUUGUUAAAGAUUCAUCUAUAUAUUGAGUUCGUUUGAAAUUGGGAGAGGAACGUUCCUCGCAGGGCUCCAUGUUAAAGAUUCUGAUCAUGUAUAUAUUGAGUUCGUUUGAAAUUGGUAGAGGAACGUUCCUUGCAGGGCUCCUUGUUAAAGAUUCAUGUAUAUAUUGAGUUCGUUUGAAAUUGGUAGAGGAACGUUCCUCGCAGGGCUCCUUGUUAAAGAUUCAUGUAUAUAUUAAGUUCAUUUGAAAUU